AUGCCCAAGAUCAAGCUGACUUAUUUUGGUAUCGAAGCUGCUGCAGAGCCCAUUCGACUGGCCCUUGUGUUGUCGGGUCAGGAGUUUGAGGACGAACGCAUCGCUUUCCCGGAUUGGAAAGAGCUCAAGCCCAAGACGCCAUAUGGAUCCCUCCCACUCAUGACCAUUGAUGAUGGUCCUGUCAAGACACAAUCCAUGGCCAUGUUGCGUUGGGUGGGUGCUACCUGCUCUGACACACUCUACCCUCGUGACAAGCUCUAUGAUGUGGAAGAGGCUUUGGGCGUGGUAGAUGAUAUGAAGAAAAGUUUCGAACCUGCGAUGUAUAUCAACAUGAUGCCACAAAGCUUUGGAUAUCCCGAAGGAUUCGGAAAAACAGAUGAAGGAAAAGAAAAAAUCAAGAAGUUGCGUACCGAAUGGGUAGAAAAGGAGUUGCCCAAGUUCCUUGGUCGAUUGGAAGGAUUACUUGACAAAUCUGGUGGCAAGUGGUUGGUGGCUGGAUUGGACAAUCCUACCAUUGCUGAUUGUCACGCUGUUGUCUUCCUACGAUCCCUUACCAGGGGGCACGUAGAUUACGUCAACACACAGUGCCUGGAAGUCAACCCCAAGGUGGUUAGCUACGUGAAGCGCUUUUGCAAUCUUGCUCCAAUCAAAGAACGCUAUCAGGAUGGAAUUGGAUCUCCUGCUUACAAAUAG